GGGGCCCUGGAAGAGGCGAGUCCCACCCCCAGCCUCCAUCUGAGCGGAGGACAGGACAGCUCACACAACCCUGAGGCCUCAUGAACCCCGAAGAGCUGACCUUCCUGCUGCCUCCCGCCACCCUGGCGGGCCUGGCAGACGCCUGGCUCCGAGAGGACUGCCCGAGUCUCAACUACGCCGCCUUAGUCACCGGAGCAGCCUCCUCGCAGGCGGCCUUGUGGGCCAAGUCCCCUGGGGUGCUGGCUGGGCGGCCCUUCUUUGAUGCCAUCUUUGCCCAACUGAACUGCCAGGUCUCCUGGUCCUUCCCGGAGGGAUCCAAGCUGGUGCCCGUGGUCAAGGUGGCCGAGGUGCGGGGCCCCGCCCACUGCCUGCUGUUGGGCGAACGAGUGGCCCUGAACAUGCUGGCCCGCUGCAGUGGUGUGGCCAGUGCUGCGGCAGCUGCGGUGGAGAUUGCCAGGGGCACCGGCUGGGCUGGCCACGUGGCGGGCACAAGAAAGACCACACCAGGCUUCCGGCUGGUGGAGAAAUAUGGGCUCCUUGUGGGCGGGGCUGCCCCCCACCGCUACGACCUGGGGGGCCUGCUGAUGGUGAAAGACAACCACAUCGUGGCAGCCGGUAGUGUGGAAAAGGCUAUCCGAGGGGCCCGGCGGGCAGCCAGCUUCACUCUGAAGGUGGAGGUGGAAUGCAGCAGCCUGCGGGAGGCUGUGGAGGCCGCUCAGGCGGGCGCAGACCUUGUCCUGCUAGCCGCCGGGGCCCUGGAUUUCUCCCUCAAGUUAUUUUCUGAAGGGGCCACCCCAGUGCCCUACGCCCGCCUGUCCUAACUGCGACCGCCUGUCCUAACUGCGUCCACCUGUCCUACUGUAGAAGAGGAUGCGUGAUAGGAGCUGUGGAAUAGCAUUUGCCCAGGACCCACAGGGUUAACUAUCUCUGAUAACCUGGGUGAUCUGGGCUCCACUCCAGCACACCCCGCCCCACCCCACAUGCCCCUACUGCUGUGUGACUGGGUGGGGCUUACCUCCCCUUUACCCACCUCCAUUUCCCAAUCUGUAAAGGGAGUCCAAUAAACAGCCAGCUUUAUGGAG